AGAUAUUUGUUUUCUAAUUAGAGCCCAUCAAAAGUAAUGGCUGCCUUCAAAGAAGACACUUCUUUGGGCCCCCUUAAAGGAACGCCUGAUGAAGAAUGGUUGCUCCAGAGUCCCUUACACGUGGCUGCCUACACUGGAGACCUCAGCAAGCUAGAGGCGCUCCUAGAGACGGAGGGUGUUGAUGAGGUGGAAGGUCAGGGCCGCACUGCACUCAUGUACUCAUGUAUGGCUGAUCAAGUGGAUACACUCACUGCACUACUCAAGAAGGGGGCAUUGCUAACAGCACAAGAUAGCAAUGGCCAGACUGCCCUACACUGGGCUGCCAUUACUGGAAGCUACAAGAGUCUCCGUGUGUUAAUCUCUCGAUGUCCUGAGGUCCACAUUAAAGACAAUGAUGGAAGGACACCUCUGCACUUAGCCACUAGCCAUACCAACUCUAAGUGUUUGGGGGCAAUUGUGAGGAAACUUAAGGCACACCAACUAAACCUGCCGGACAACGAAAAGAUGACGGCCCUUCAUUGGAGUGCCUAUAACAACACUACAGACAAUGUUCGAUUGCUCCUCAAAGCAGGUGCUGAUAUUGUAGUGACUGACAUGGAUGGCAAGACUGCCUUGCAUUGGACUGCUAACAAUACUGAUCCAUCCACUGUACUGGCUCUGUGUGAGUUAGCCCCCACUGCAGUCAACCUUAAGGACUCUGAGGGAAGAACAGCUCUUCACUUGGCAGUGGCUGCUGGCAAUGUCGCUAUUAUAGACAGCUUGUGCUCUGGGCUGGCUAAGAUUGACCUGAAUGCACUGGACAUGCAGUUCAGAACUCCACUUCAUUGGGCUGCUGUCCUGGGUCUCUCUGAGGUGGUUACCUUGUUGAUGGAGCGUGGUGCUGCCCCAGGAGUGCUGGACUCUGUAGGAGCUACCCCUCUACAUUAUGCUGCCCAGAAAAAUCAUGUGGAGUGUGUCACUGCCUUGUUGUCCUUCCCUGCUGUGACUGACCUCAGAGAUACUGAGGGACGUACUGCUGUUAUGUGGGCAGCACAGAGAGGGAACUAUAGUGCCCUACAAGCCAUGUUAGAGAAAGGUCUCUCAGCCUCCACUGCUGACACUUCAGGGGCUACAGCUUUGCAUGCUGCCUCUCUCUCAGGCCAUGCCAGUUGUGUGCAGUUACUAGUACAGCAUGGUUGCCCUGUAGAUGCUGUGGAUGGUAAUGGUCAUUCUGCAUUGUUUCGUUCUUGUGAGAGAGGUCACAGUCAAGUGGUGGUUGUGUUGUGUGAUGCUGGUGCUUCUGUGCAGCUAGCUGAUGAGAGUGGGAGAGUGGCGUUGCAUUGGGCUGCCUCUGGAGGUCAUGCUGUUAUCUGCUCCUCUCUCUUACAUCAAGGAGUCCCUGCUGACUCCACUGACAAUGGAGGGCGCACUCCCCUCCACUGUGCUGCUUAUGGUGGCUUCUCUGACUGUGUGAGCACACUACUAGAAGAGGGAAAGGCGGAUGUGAAUGGUCAAGACUCUGAAGGCAUCACUGCUCUGCAUUGGGCAUGCUCAGUGGGUCACAUGGACACCAUACAGCAGCUCUUAUCUGCAGGGGCAAACCCUAACCUGCUAGAGGUGGAUGGUGAGAGACUAACGCCAUUGGACUAUGCUAUCAUAGGAGGUCAUCAAGAGGCAGCUCAAGUGCUUAUUGAACAAGGGGCUCUCUCCAUAUCAAGCAUUCAAGAGCUGGCUGCUGUCCAGAUUCAGAAGUGUGUUCGUGGCUAUCUUGUGAGGCGUAGAGGAUUACUCUCCUCGCUCAGAGUUGAGUGUGAGAGUAGUGUCCUUGUGCUGCCAGUGGUGUCUGCAGAGGGGCAGUCAGUGGACAGGAGAAGGGAGUUGGAGUCACGACUGGAGGAGGCAGAGAGACAAGGACAAGACCUGCACAUACGCAGCUUCACUAGUCUACAACAGAGAGUGCCUCUCGAGUUGUUGGCCAGAGAGAAGGAAAGAGUUGGUCUCUAUAGACAGAAGACAAAGGCAGCUCUCAUUAUUCAGUUGUCAUGGAGACGUUAUCAACGCAGGCGAAAGCAGCAGCUAGCAUUGCAGGCUCAGACUAAAGCCAUGCAGCGUGGCAGUCUUGACUGGCGGAGGGAGUUAGCUGCUCUCACUAUUCAACUCUAUUGGAGGCAGUUUCUUCGUAGGAAGCUUCUUCUCUCUCGACUAAGACAUCAGAAGGUGUUGCAUGACUGGUCUCCCACUGUACGCGCUGCACGACAAAGAGCUUUAAUGGAGAAGGCAUAUGGUCAAGGAAGUACUGUCAUACAUUAUGAGCCCCCUAAACCACGGCCAAUGGUGAGGCCUGCCUAUCUCAACUUUAUACCAUCUCCUGCUGCUGUCUCUUUCAACUUUGCCCUGGAUAGCUACCAACCCCCAGAGUCUGGGAACACUGGAGGUGUGGCUGUACAUGGCUACUAAACUCUUCUGACAAACUGCACAUAAUUAUUGUCUUGUUUCUUUUAUAGUGAUCGUAUUUAGUACCAUUCCAUUAUUAAACCAUGUUCAAGUUGUGUCAUAGAAAAAAUGUAUAUUUUGUAGAAACA